CUGCUGCUCGCGACACAACCGCGCGCAGCUGCUUACAUUUCCCAGCGCUCGAGACGCUACGACGGAGAGAGCAGCUCGCGCUUCUUGUUCCAGGGAUAUUACCUCUGAUAGACUUGGGAUAAGACAAGAAUACGCAGUUUAUCUCUGUUUAUGACCACUUAGGUGUUAGUUACGAGUGUAGUUUUGCUGGACAUAAACUGCUGUAAUGUUUUUAACACAACCAGUUUUAAUGUGCUUCAUGUGUUUGCGCUCAACAGUGAGGUAGACUUAUUCGGGGACACUUUACAGGAGUGUCGGCGUGUGAUUUAUCCCGUGGAUGCUGCUGUCGGGGUCGGUGUCUGAGCCCUGCAGGACCAGCCUCUCAUAGGGCAUCAUGGUUUCUCUGGUUCUUCACAAGUGGAUGAGGAAUACUUCACCGGAGAUGCUUCUGUUGGUGCCGAUAUUGUGGCUUUUACCUCUGACUGGAGCGGCUCCGUCUCAGACUACCGAGCAGCUGGACUCUGGGGUGGACUGGCUGAGUAAGUUUGGCUACCUCCCGCCCCCUGACCCAGUUACUGGUCAGCUUCAGACCAAGGAGGCCCUGACCAAGGCCAUCAAAGCCAUGCAGAAGUACGGAGGGCUGAAGGAGACCGGAGUCUUAGACCACGCCACACUGGGUCUGAUGAAAACACCCAGAUGUUCUCUGCCAGAUGUUUCUGAAGCUGAGGUGACAACGGGCCGCAGGAAACGAGGCUUGAAUCCUCAGAACAAAUGGAGUAAGAGGCAUUUAUCCUGGAGAGUGAGGACCUUCCCUAAGGACUCAGCCUUACUGGGCAGGGACACUGUUCGAGCCCUGAUGUACUACGCCCUAAAGGUCUGGAGUGACAUCGCCCCACUAAACUUCCAUGAGGUGGCCGGCAGUGAUGCAGACAUUCAAAUCGACUUCACUAAGGCCGACCACAAUGAUGGAUAUCCCUUUGAUGGGCCAGGCGGCACCGUGGCGCAUGCAUUUUUCCCCGGAGAGAGGUUCACAGCUGGGGAUACACACUUUGAUGAUGAUGAGGCCUGGACCUUCAGAUCUCCAGACUCUCAUGGGAUGGAUCUGUUUGCAGUAGCAGUCCAUGAGUUUGGUCACGCCAUCGGCCUGGUGCACACCUCAGCCAUAGAGUCCAUCAUGAGACCGUACUACCAGGGACCUGUAGGAGACCCUCUGAAAUACGACCUACCUUACGAAGACAAGGUCCGCGUCUGGCAGCUCUACGGUGUCCGAGACUCAGUGUCCCACACAAUCCGGCCAGGCAACCCCUCCCAGACGGCUGAACCUCCUGUCCUGCUGGACCUUCCUGAAAACAGAUCCACUCUCCUGCUGACACAAGAUGCCCCAGACAGAUGCACCAGUCACUUUGACGCCGUCGCCCAAAUACGAGGGGAGGCCUUCUUUUUCAAAGGGAAGUACUUUUGGCGACUAACUCGAGAGAAGCACCUGGUGUCUCUGCGUCCCGCUCAGAUCCACCGCUUCUGGAGGGGCCUCCCACCCAAUCUGGACAGUGUGGAUGCUGUGUAUGAGAGGCCCGGGGACCACAAAAUAGUCUUUUUUAGAGGUCUAAAGUACUGGGUAUUUAAAGACAAUAAUGUGGAGGAGGGCUACCCUCGACCAAUCAGUGACUUUGGCCUACCCUUGGAAGGAGUGGAUGCAGCCUUUGUUUGGCUACACAACGACAAAACCUACUUCUUCAAGGACAACCACUACUGGCGCUACGAUGACCACCUGAGACGUAUGGACCUGGGCUACCCCAAAGACAGCUCGCUUUGGAAGGGGCUGCCGCCACAACUGGACGACGCCAUGAGGUGGUCUGAUGGCUCGUCCUAUUUCUUCAAGGGGAAGGAGUACUGGCGAGUGCCGAGCAGCGACAUGGAGGUGGAGGCAGGGUACCCCCGCCUCAUCGCUAAAGACUGGCUGCUGUGCACCGAGAUGCAGUCGGACUCUCCAGACACGGAGCCCAAAAGCACGGAAACAAGAGUCAACGUGCACCAUCACCCAGACCACGCAGAGAAUGGAUACGAGGUGUGCUCCUGCACCUCUGACACCGCCUCGCCUUUGGGUGCCCGCCCCUCCCCAUCUCCCCUGUGGCUGCUGCCACCUCUCUGGACGCUCUCGCUGGCCCUCCGCUCUGAACUGCUAUGAUGCCAAAGCAUGGGACAAAGUUGUUGAACUGGGUGCCGGAAAGAAACUCUUUGGUGGAGGGCCAGUCACUCAGACACUCAGUCUAAAUACAAACUGAAACAUUUUGUUCAUAUUAAUAUCAAUUGGUAUGUUUUUGCUAUUUUUUUUUUUUUUGCUGUUAUUUAUUUCACUUACCAUUGAAUGGGGUCAACUGAAGCGCCUUGCAGUAUGAGUAGUACCAUACCACUGAUUGUACUAGGGUAUAUCUAGUGGGCAUCAAUUCACUGACAUUGAAAAUGCUUGUACCGUGCUACACAGAACCAUAAGUUCUAUCUCUUAGUUUCUUCUUAAAUGGCCAAACUAUCUCAACUUUGCAAGGAAUUGAGUGGGACUGUUCAGAAUUAUCUUCACAUGAAAUGCACCAGGAUUCCAACAGCACUCAUAAAAUACUUUUUUUUUUUAAAUGUAAAACAAGUUUACAGCAAUAAUGAAUGGCAUCCUGGGAUGUAGGCAUGUCAGUCCCCCCCCCUCCCCCCUUCAGUGUUUAUGCUAAGCUAAACUAACCAAGCCCUAGCUGUAGCCUAAUAUUUUUCGUACAGAUAUGUCAGUGAAAUCAAUCUUUUUACCUAAAUCUCGGCAAAAAAAACCAGCUUAUUUCCCAAAAUGUCUGAACUAUUGCUUUAAAUAGUGCGUGGCAAGUAGAACUUCCUACCAGGCUGAUUACUGCCUUGCAGCACUCUCCAUCAAUCAAUAAUGGUUAUGUUUAUGUUUAUGUUUGUCACUGUUAAGGUUCCGGCUAUGACCAUGGCUGGGGUUUGAGUCCACCAAUGCCUAGAGAAAGAGACACUGUUUUAACUCAACCUGAGGCCUGUAAAACAUAUCAAGAUCAACACGCCCUGGAUUUAUUUCAGUUAACCUAACAACCGUGGUCACGCAUAAGCUGUGUCACAACGGUGGUUAACAACUAGUUCAAUCAACCCAGGGCUUCCCAAUCGGUGUUUGCACAGCAUGACCAAUCUCAAACAUCUACCAGAGCCGCAUAUUUUACAUAACAAGAGCAAACUAUAAUACUACAUAAAUAUGAAGAACACAGACACGGGUUUACACACAAAAUGCAAUACAAUCGCUGCUUCCUAAAACAGGAAGGAAAGUUGGCAAAAAAGCGUAAAUCACAACGCUUAUCAAGAUCACUUCCCCAUCCGUCAGGCACAAGAUCUGACCAUAAUUACACUUGUCCUUUCCAUAAACUGUUUUUGUUUUUGCAACUCUGGCAGUGGUAAGCAAUUGUGAGAGCAAAUAAAAAAUAUAAAAACAUAAUCCAAGCCGAUGUGCGCAUUGGCAACACACGGCUCAAGAAGCCGACCUGUAGGAAAUCACGUAGUCUAAACUCACUCAGCCAACAUUUGAAUGUCUUUUUUAUAUUUAUUCAUUUAAGGGGCAGUAUCACCAUCACCAAACCCACCAGACUCCAUUUAAAUAAUCUUUUAUAGUACUUUUUUCAUUGGAAAACACAAAUAACCUAUACGUAUUUCCCUCCGCUUAAAAUCUAUAUCUUUCAUAAAGAUACCCGUUGGGGAAUGUUAACGGGGUUGUCGGUCGUUAUCAACCAACUAUUGAUUAGGUUAGGUGUUCAGCAUAAGUUACCAUGGCGAUUUAACCAGGUAACAAGUGAUCCACCGUUGUGACACAGUAAACCCUGGCUAGAACCUGAAGUUACCUCGUUAACGCCAAAUCUUGCGUCGUAGCACAGGCCUCUGACAAGAAGAGCUGCCUGCUAGAAUUGAACAGAGGUAAAAAACUAAAAUAAAAAAAAUGACAUCUGGGAUAUAGAUACGGAAGUUAGACAGGUGACUGACGCCCCGGCAUGUAUCUAGGCAGACAGGUGAAAAGUACCCUGAAAUGUAGUGCAGAUAGAUAGUUAGGUUUACAGAUGAAUGGCCCCAUGGGAUGUUGACAGGAAUCCAAAUGAAUGGCAUGCUGGGAUGUCGACGGGUAGAUUGAUGGCAUCCAGGGCUGUAAGCAGAUAGACAGGUGAAUACCAUCCAGUACAGCUACGUGAAGAAAAGGGCAACCUGUGCUGUGGAAAGGACAAAAGAAAACUUCCUUUAAGACAGAAAGUACAAAUUUUAAGAGUUUCUCAGCAUUGCAUAACCCCAUUAUCCUAGCUUACCACACUCACCUGUACUCCUUCGCUCUUUGAGGAACUGCUCCUCAUGUUUCUCCAUGAAACUCAUCAUUUUCAACCCUAGUACGGAAGCAUUCCCUGCCUUUAUAAGAGGCAUAUUGGUUUUGUUGUAUUGUUUGAUAUAAAUAUGGAUAGAUUGUGAUUCCAUAUUGCUUGGAUCAGAUUAUACUUCAUGGAGCCUUUUUUCCUCCCAGCUGGACAAAUUUCCUCCAUCAGUCCAAGCUCCUUCUGGUGACGCCGUUAGCAGACCUCACAAGAUAGCAACCGGAUUUCUUCUUGCUGAUAUAUUUACCUUCAGUUUAAAUAUAGACACAGAUAUAUUUGAGUUGAGAUGUUCCAUGGUUACUUCUAAACCAAGUGGACUGUGUAUAUUUCAAGGUGUGUUUUCUAAUGUAAAAUAUUUUUGUAGAAAAAUAAAAGAAUAUGAAUGUCUUUAUUGCCUAA